AUGAUUUAUAAUCUUGCUACAUCUGAUCAACUUGAAUUUUCUUAUCUCUACUUAUUUAAAGAAGAUUGGCAUGUAUCAAUUGCUGAUGAAUGCAAGAAAUCUCCUACUGUACGAAGAGUUGUAGAAAUUGUUAUUCAAAAUCCAAAUCUUCAUAAAGAGAUGCUUGCAGAUUACAAAAUUCCAAAUUCAGAUGACUAG